AUGGUAAAGGGUGGCCCAAAACCUUUUAGGUUUGAAGCAGGGUGGUUGGAGGAAAACAAGGUGCUGGAAAUUAUUAGAACCAUGUGGGCCAACACGAUUGUGGUUAUCAGUGAUCGUACUCCGAAAUGUAAUGAGUUAGGAGAGCUUCAUAAAGUGGAAGAGAUCUACUGGAGGCCAAGAUCUAGAUCCAAAUGGCUUAAAGAGGGUGAUUUGAAUACAAAGUACUUCAAUGCUAUUGCUAGUGCUCGUAGAAGACAUUAUGAACUUUAUGGCCUCUCCAUUCCGAGGGUGGAUUUUGAAAAUGAUAAUGCAUUGGAAGAGGCAGUGAUUGGUCAUUUCAGAAAGGCUUUUUCUUCAGAGGUUAAGGUAACACCUUUGUUGAAUAGAGUUCCCUUUAAAGUUCUUUCUGUGGAUGGGAAGUUACAGUUGGAAAGGGAGAUUACCAUGGAGGAGUUGCAGAAGGCUGUUUUUGCACUCCCUAGAGACAAGGCCCUUGACCCUAAUGGUUUUCCGCUUUGUUUUUUCCACUGUUUUUGGAAUAUUGAAGGAGACUUAUUGGUUUUCAUGAAAAACUUUAUGGCAACUGGGAAAAUUUUUAAAAGGGAUGAACUCCACUUUUUUGGCCUUGAUCCCAAAAAAGGCUACAAUUUCAGGCCUCUCUGUUAUUAA